UUUUAUGCUGUUCUUUGCAGUUCACUGGUUCCUUGUUGAUGAGAAUCAGUCAGUCAGAGAAUGGAAAAAGAAAUUCCUGUGACUGAACAGCAGAACAACAUAACUAAGGAUAUAGAUGGAUCAAAUUCUGAAGAAAUUGUUGAAAAAUUAGAGGAGUGUGAUAGGCAAAUUUUUACUGGUUGGCAGGGCUACCCAAGUGUGUUUUCUUCAAGAAUAUUAACCAUAUUGAAAUGUAUAAGUAGCAUUGCCUCUCAGCAUCUUCAACCUGGUCGGGAUAGAACGGGAAUCAUCCUCAGUGGCUGCGGAACCUCGGGAAGGCUUGCCUUUUUCAUCAGUCGGAAAUUUAACCAGCUUGCGGAAGAACAGGGUCUGCGGCAGUGUUAUCACUACAUUAUUUCUGGUGGUGAUAAAGCUCUUAUGACGUCAGUUGAAUCCUGUGAGGAUGAUUGGAAUGCUGGGAAGGAAGAUUUGGAGAGAGUGGCGGAAGGUUUUGAUGAAGUUCUCUACAUCGGGAUAACAUGCGGGUUGUCAGCCCCAUUUGUUGGUGGCCAGGUUGAAUAUUGCCUGGAUCAGAAACGAAGGUUUACACCAUACCUCCUUGGGUUCAAUCCAGUUAAUCAAGCACGGAAUGCACCAAUCAGCGGAACUGAUAAAGUCAUGCUUGGUAUUGCCAAAAUCAUGGAAGAUAAAGGUCAUUUGCUAAAUCCAAUUGUUGGUCCAGAGGCCAUUACCGGCUCCUCAAGAAUGAAAUGUGGCACAACAACAAAGAUGAUCCUGGAGGCAAUAUUCAUCACUGCUCACCAAUCAGCUGCUAACAAUACAGCUAUUACCACCGUCGGCCAAAAACCCUCAGAACCCUACGAGUUCAUGGAAGAAUACAAGAGGACCCUUGAGUUCACAUAUGCUAAAAAUGAAAAAAUCUCAUCCCUUAUUAACAUGGCUGGUGAAGGUCUUACAAAAGGUGGUUGUGUAUCAUACAUAGCCUGGGGUUCUCUUGGAAUCAUGGGUAUGAUCGAUGCUGCUGAAUGUGUACCAACAUUUGGGGCAAACCAUGAUGAUGUCAGAUGCUUCAUAGAAAGUGGUUACAAAUUUCUAGGAAAUUCUGAAGGGGAUUUGUCAAUGAAGAAUGAUGCGUACCAAAUUAGCUUUGAUUAUUUUAUAAAAAAGAGAUGUCCUGAUCUUUCUGAGAAUGACACAGUUAUUUUUAUAAUUAAUAGUUUAGAAUCUAAUCAAAUUGAAGUUCUCGGAGAAUUGGCAGACUUAGUUAGGAUUCAAAAAGUAAAACUAGCUUUGAUAGCUAUUAACACAAGGAAAGAAGAUGUUAAAAAGGUUAAAGAUAAAUUAGAUUGUGCAUCACCAACAGUCCACAUAGUUUUACCAAGUGUAGUCAGGGAGAAAGUUAGUUCCAAAUACGACAAUUUUGUCAGCCAGUGUACCGCAGAGGUCUCUCUAAAGUGGGUUAUAAAUGCAAUCUCAACAGGUGCACAUAUUUUGAAGGGUAAAGUGUUUCAGAAUAACAUGAUUGAUUUGAAACUCACAAAUGGAAAGCUUUUUGAGAGAGGUGUGAGAAUCGUCUCUGGCUUAGCGAAUGUUAGCAGUGAGACAGCUAAGAUGUGUUUGCUGAAAUCAAUUUAUAGACAAGAUAAACUGAGGCCAGACGUAAUGAAUGCAGAAAUAUCUCAGCACAUACAGAAAGCAGGUUAUGAAGAGAAGGUGAUACCACUGGCUAUUUUAUUGGUGAAAGGUUUUCGCAUUGAAUCAGGGUUGAAAAAGCUAGAAGAGUGUCCUAGAGUACGGCAGUGUAUUGAAGAUAUCCAACUCAUCAACAGCCAACAUUAAUUCUAGAUUUUUUAACUAAUUUUUUGGAUGACUGCAUAAUUGUGACAAAUUUUAGGUUAUCUAUUGUAAUUUUGAACGCUGUUAUCUCUCAUACAGGUCACAGCUUUUGCUGCUUUUAUUAAUUAAAUAUGUUAUAUAAAGAUAAAAUUGACAUAAUUUAAUCGUUAAUUUUACAUUUAAUAGUCAAAUGUGUUCGUCAUGGACAAAGCAUGUAGAUUUUGCAUUGAUUUGUAACAUG